AUGGUAUCAAAGCCUCACCGGACUUACGCCGCAGCAGUUGUGAUGGAGCCGGCCGGUGACAGAAACCACAACCAGACAGAGCAGGCAGGAGCCUCUUCAAGCCAGAUCCCAUCGGAUCAUCACAAUGAUGAGUUUGAGGAUCCUCUUUACUUACACGCUACUGAGAACCCUAAUCUCAGCCUUGUGUCACCUCCCCUAACCGAGAUCAAUUACAACUCCUGGAGUAGAUCGAUGCGCAUCGCACUGGAGGUGAAGAACAAAUUCGGAUUUGUCAAUGGAACAGUUCCAGUUCCAGAAGCUAAUGAUCCGAGGCUGACGACUUGGAGAAGAUGCAACCGCAUUGUAUGUUCUUGGAUUCUGAGGUCUGUCAAUCCAAGCAUAGCAGAGAGCGUUAUGUACUAUGACAAGGCCAUAGACAUCUGGAAUGCGCUACAGAAGAGGUAUUCCCAAUCUGAUCCUCAUAGAAUUUCUGAAAUUCAGACUGAAAUUUUUAGAAAUGUGCAAGGACAAAUGACUGUGAAUGAAUACUUCACAAAAAGUAAUGCCUUAUGGCAACAAAUGAGUGCAUUGAGACCUCUACUCCUGUGCGAGUGUGUGCCAAGAUGUUCAUGCACUCUAAUGAGUAGAAUGCAGAAACAGAGGGAAGAGGACCAAGUAAUCCGAUUCUUGGAAGGGUUAAAUGAUGAAUAUGAAGCAAUUAAAUCUGGGAUACUUGUUAUGGACCCUAUUCCAGAGAUGGAAAAGGUGUUGAAUAUGACCUUGAAGGUUGAAAGAAAGCUUAAAGGAUCAAACACCCAAAGAUGCAGUGAUUUUGCUCAAUCCAAUGCUAUUCAUGAGAGUCAAAUCAAAAUUGGGGAAGAACAAUCUGUGGUAGCAGCUGCAACCUUCAACAAUAACAGAAAAAAAUUUCAAAUAAUGGGGGUAAGAAUGUGCCCAAGUGCACUUAUUGUAACAUGCUUGGUCAUACUGUUGAUAAAUGUUACAAGAAGCAUGGAUUCCCACCUGGGUGGGUAG